UCCCCUCACCACCCGCUGUCCCUGAUUCUGGAGGAAGGAGGACACCCAUUUAAGGGGUAUCCCCCUAACCCCCGUCAUGGCUAGGCAGUGGGUCAAUAGAUUGUGAUCGACCGUAUCAAAUGCUGCUGUGAGAUCCAAUAACACAAGCAGCGCUGAUCCGCCUUGAUCCCUUUGGCAGCGAAGCUGAUCUGUGAUGGCAACUAGCACAGUCUCCGUCCCGUGCCCCCUACGGAAGCCGGACUGGAAGGGAUCAAGUCCAGCUGUGCGAUGGAGGAACUGCUGCAACUGUUCCGCUGCUGCCCUCUCAACCACCUUGCCCAGAAACGGAAGAUUCGAGACUGGGCGGUAGCUAGCGGGAACCGAACGAUCCCAGUCUGGUUUCUUCAGCAGCGGAGAUACCAUCGCCUCUUUUAAACCCUCUGGAAAAACUCCUUGCUCAAGGGAGCUAUUUAUUAUAUUCAACAGAGGUUCACGUAAUCCCUCCAGGCAAGAUCUUACUAGCCAGGAGGGACACGGAUCGAGGGAGCAGGUGGUCGGCCUAGUUGCAGUCAUCUGGUGGCACAAGCUAUACCUGGUACUACCCAGAUGACGGUCAGAAGCAUCAUCUUUAGCACAUAAUUUUAGUUCGAGCCACAACAUUGUCUCCUGUGCAAAAGCAAACUUUUGCCUUUAUUUUUCCUUCAUUUACAAUGUAAUGUCUUCCUGUCCUUGUUGCCUUUCUAUGAAUCCGCUGCAGUUUGCCAAUGUCCUUUCUAAAAUGGACUGAACUGAGCAGAACUGGGCAGGAAUCAUGUCUCCCACCCAAGGGUGCUGUUGGAGUGCAGAAGGAUCUGGAGGGCAGCAGGAUUCCCACUCACCCUGGGGGUCUAUCCAUCUGUCUCCUCUAUACCGCCUUCUCUCAUGUACUGCUGCUAGUCUGAGUGCCUUGGCUCUGGCUGAAGUUACAUACCUUUGUGGUAUAGGUUUUGUAAGAAUGCAGUAUGUCAAGGAACUUUGUGGCCUAAUGUGCUCUCAGUGUCUCCAGGCGCCUUGCUUUAGAAACGUGGGGCAGGGAUCACGCUGCAGGGAAAGAGAGGAUCAGGAAAAUAUCUCUCCCCCAAGUUGGAGGAAGUAUUUUUCUCCCAAGACUGAUCACUUGGGAUAGUCUGUCCAUACAGAUGGCCACUCAGGUUUUGAGUGGAGAUGUGAAGAAGCGGGAUCUAGGUAGGAAAUGCUUUGCAACCUUAGCCCCUUUCUGUGUUGACCACAUUAUUAGAGGCCUUCCUUUACCAAGGUUGGAUUAGACACAGGAUCUUAGGCCGCUAUCCCCUUUGCAGGGAUUGUUCUUUGUUGGGCAAGUGUUAAAGUGCUUCUCAGGAGGCAACGGGCUCUUACCAGUUGGGCCAGUCUUUCUCCCCUCUUCCCCUGUGAUUGCUACAGCACUAGGCUAUUGUUCUUCAUGUUCAAUGAGAUCUUUCUGUACUCUGCUCCUGAUAAGAUUUUCUUCUCAUUCGUCUCCCAGGUAACCUCUAAAUGAACCUUAUGAAGAAAACAUUGCCCUUUGUCUUACGUCUGAAAUGAAAGUACGCAGGAUUAACAAGAACAAGAAAUAAAUUGGAGAAAUUAUUUUUCAAGCUACAUACCUUUGAAUGUAAGGAAAGGGAGGAUUGUGCUGUAAAAAGAGGGGUUGGUAAAGAGAAAAUAAGGCUACAGCAAUACAGAGACUGGGAAGAGGAAAUGUCCUAUUCAGGAAUCCAUAUCUGUGAACUUCAGGCAUAAUAUUAGAAUAAUAAAUGUUAAAAAAUGGAAAAUUCAUUGUCAAAAUCACACACAGGGGAGAAACGACAUAAUUGUAAGGACUGUGGGAAAUGUUUCAUUGAGAGAAGUUCUCUUGCUAAACAUCAACGAACUCACACAGGAGAGAAGCCAUAUAAAUGUGUGGAAUGUGGAAAGAGCUUCAGUCAGAGUGGACAUCUACACACCCAUCAGAGGACCCACACAAGGGAGAAGCCACAUACAUGCAUGGAAUGUGGAAAGAGCUUCAGUAAGAGUGGAAAUCUACGCACCCAUCAAAGGACUCACACAGGGGAGAAGCCAUAUAAAUGCAUGGAAUGUGGAAAGAGCUUCAGUCGGAGUGACUAUCUACGUUCCCAUCAAAGGAUUCACACAGGAGAGAAGCCACAUACAUGCAGGGAAUGUGGAAAGAGAUUCAGUGAGAGUGGACAUCUGCGUAUCCAUCAAAGGACUCACACAGGGGAGAAGCCACAUACAUGCAUGGAAUGUGGAAAGAGCUUCAGUGAGAGUGGAAAUCUACGCACCCAUCAAAGGAUACACACAGGAGAGAAGCCACAUAAAUGCAUGGAAUGUGGAAAGAGCUUCAGUCAGAGUGGAGAUCUACGCACCCAUCAAAGGAUCCACACAGGGGAGAAGCCACAUAAAUGCGUGGAAUGUGGAAAGAGCUUCAUUCAGAGUGGAGAUCUACGCACCCAUCAAAGGAUCCACACAGGGGAGAAGCCACAUAAAUGCGUGGAAUGUGGAAAGAGCUUCAGUCGGAGUGACUAUCUACGUUCCCAUCAAAGGAUUCACACAGGAGAGAAGCCACAUACAUGCAGGGAAUGUGGAAAGAGAUUCAGUGAGAGUGGACAUCUGCGUAUCCAUCAAAGGACUCACACAGGGGAGAAGCCACAUACAUGCAUGGAAUGUGGAAAGAGAUUCAGUAAGAGUGGACAUCUGCGUAUCCAUCAAAGGAUACACACAGGAGAGAAGCCACAUAAAUGCAUGGAAUGUGGAAAGAGCUUCUGUCAGAGUGGAGAUCUACGCACCCAUCAAAGGAUCCACACAGGGGAGAAGCCACAUAAAUGCGUGGAAUGUGGAAAGAGCUUCAUUCAGAGUGGAGAUCUACGCACCCAUCAAAGGAUCCACACAGGGGAGAAGCCACAUAAAUGCGUGGAAUGUGGAAAGAGCUUCAUUCAGAGUGGAGAUCUACGCACCCAUCAAAGGACUCACACAGGGGAGAAGCCACAUAAAUGCAUGGAAUGUGGAAACAGCUUCAGUCAGAGUGGACAUCUGCGUAUCCAUCAAAAGACUCACACAAGGGAGAAGCCACAUAAAUGCAUGGAAUGUGGAAAGAACUAUAGUAACAGUUCGAAUCUUCAUACCCAUCAAAAGAUUCACACAGGAGAGAAGCCACAUAAUUGUAAGGACUGUGGGAAAUGUUUCAUUGAGAGAAGUUCUCUUGCUAAACAUCAACGAACUCACACAGGAGAGAAGCCAUAUAAAUGUGUGGAAUGUGGAAAGAGCUUCAGUCAGAGUGGAAAUCUACACACCCAUCAAAGGACUCACACAGGGGAGAAGCCACAUACAUGCAUGGAAUGUGGAAAGAGCUUCAGUCAGAGUGGACAUCUGCGUAUCCAUCAAAGGAUGCACACAGGAGAGAAGCCACAUAAAUGCAUGGAAUGUGGAAAGAGCUUCAGUCAGAGUGGAAAUCUACACACCCAUCAGAGGACCCACACAAGGGAGAAGCCACAUACAUGCAUGGAAUGUGGAAAGAGCUUCAGUAAGAGUGGACAUCUGCGUAUCCAUCAAAGGAUGCACAUAGGAGAGAAGCCACAUAAAUGCAUGGAAUGUGGAAAGAGCUUCAGUCGGAGUGACAGUCUACGUUCCCAUCAAAGGAUCCACACAGGGGAGAAGCCACAUACAUGCAUGGAAUGUGGAAAGAGCUUCAGUUGGAGUGGAGAUCUACGCACCCAUCAAAGGAUCCACACAGGGGAGAAGCCACAUACAUGCAUGGAAUGUGGAAAGAGCUUCAGUCGGAGUGGAGAUCUACGCACCCAUCAAAGGAUCCACACAGGAGAGAAGCCACAUAAAUGCAUGGAAUGUGGAAAGAGCUUCAGUCAGAGUGGAGAUCUACGCACCCAUCAAAGGAUCCACACAGGGGAGAAGCCACAUAAAUGCAUGGAAUGUGGAAAGAGAUUCAGUAAGAGUGGAAAUCUACGCAUCCAUCAAAGGACUCACACAGGGGAGAUGCCACAUAAAUGCAUGGAAUGUGGAAAGAGCUUCAGUCAAAGUGGAAAUCUACGCACCCAUCAUAGGAUGCACACAGGAGAGAAGCCACAUACAUGCAUGGAAUGUGGAAAGAACUUCAGUAACAGUUCGAAUCUUCGUACCCAUCAAAAGAUUCACACAGGAGAGAAGCCACAUAAAUAGGACAAGUGCAAAGAAGCAGAAUGGUUGUCCAAAGAACUUCUAACGACUAUGACUCAAAAGAGACAUGAACAGGAAGUGGAAGGGGAAGAAAUCAUAUAACCAUAGAGUUGGAAGAGACCUCAUGGGCCAUCUAGUCCAACCCCCUGCCAAGAAGCAGGAAAUUGCAUUCAAAGCACCCCGGACAGAUGGCCAUCCAGCCUCUGCUUAAAAGCCUCCAAAGAAGGUUCCACAGCUGAACUGCUCUCACAAUGAGGAAGUUCUUCCUUAUGUUCAGGUGGAAUCCCCUUUCCUGUAGUUUGAAGCCAUUAUUCUGCAUCCUAGUUUGCAGAGCAGCAGAAAACAAGCUUGCUCCCUCCUCCUUAUGGGAUUUUGGCCUGCAUAAAUAGGGGCAGAGUGUCUAGAUCCAGGGAAGUCAUGCUCCCCCUCUAUUCUGCCUUGGUCAGACCACUUUACCUGGAAUCACACUGUGUCUAAUUCUGGGCACUGCAAUUGAAAGGAGACGUUGAAAAGCUGGAAGGUGUCCAGAGGAGGGCGACUAAAAUGAUCAAGGGUCUGGAGAACAAGCCCCAUGGGGAGCGGCUUAAAGACCUGGGCAUGUUUAGCCUGCAGAAGAGAAGGCUGAGAGGAGACAUGAUAGCCAUGUACAAAUACGUGAAGUCAUAGGGAGGAGGGAGCAAGCUUGUUUUCUGCUGCCCUGGAGACUAGGACGCAAUGGAACAAUGGCUUCAAACUACAGGAAAGAAGAUUCCACCUUAACAUCAGAAAGAACUUCCUCACGGUGAGAAGGGCUGUUCGGCAGUGGAACUCUCUCUCUGCCCCGGACUGUGGUGGAGGCUCCUUCUUUGGAGGCUUUGAGGCAGAGGCUGGAUGACCAUCUGUCGGGGGUGCUUUGAAUGCGAUUUCCUGCUUCUUGGCAGGGGGUUGGACUGGAUGGCCCAUGAGGUCUCUUCCAACUCUGGGAUUCAAUGAUUCUAUGAUUUAAAGUGAGUAAAUCGAGAUAAAAAUCAGCAUAGAGCAAGAGUUUUGUAAAUUUGUUUUUCUCUUAGUUUUCUUAUUUUUAUGUAGGUUAUGUGUCCUUGAAUCGUUAAUGUUUCUUAUGUAGUCCUUUCUUUAAAAAUGCCAAAAUUGUAAUUUAUAUUAAGAAUUAUCAGAACAGCCUAUUAAGGGGACAAAAAUAAAGCCAGGAAAGCUCCAGGUCUGGAUGGAUUGGGAACAGAAUAUUACAAAAGUAUUAGAGAAAUACUGACUGCAACAAUAUUAGAAUUGUAUAUUGGAAUAAUGAUUGUGGAGAAAAUACCAGAAUCGUGGAGGAAGUCAUUCAUAAUAUUAAUAUGAAAAGAUUUAACAGACCCAAAGUCUUACAGGCCCACAUCAUUAGUUAAUCAGGAUGCAAAGUUUUUAUCAGUUAUAAUAGCCAAUAGAAUGAAUAAAUUCAUGUACAAGUAUAUAUGAAAAGAUCAAUCUGUAAAAGGAAGACAAAUGUCACGUUUGAUAGGAAGAGUAUUAAACAAAAUAUGUGUGUCUCAAGAGAGGAAGUUAAAAGUGGGGAUACUAGCAUUAGAUAUAUUUAAUGCUUUGAUUGUGUAGCAUGGCAGAUAAUAAGUGAGAUUAUAAAUUAAUUUGGAAUGGGAAGUAGAAUAAAAGGAUGAUUAGAACCAUUUUAUUUGCUAUGGUGAUAGAAUUAUUUGCAAACGCCAUCCAAAAAGGUAAGAAUGUAGAAGGUGUAGGAAUAAAGGAAAAGCAGAAGGUGAGCUUAUUUGCUGAUGACACAUUGUUAUUGAUUAAAUAUCUGGGUAGGUCAAAUGGAUAGGAGAGAGGAUCAUUGAAAGAUAUUUGGGAAAACAACGGGGUUAUAUUAUACAAAGAAAGAAGAAAAAGACUUUAUAGAACAGAGCCAUACGGGAAUUAGAAUCAAGAACAAACUAAAAUACCUGGGAAUAAGUAUAACAAAGGACUUAAAAGAAAUAGAAGAGGUAAAUGUAGUAGCAUUGAGGAAAAUAGUUCGAAAAAAUUAAUACACAUCUAUCUUGGUUUGGAAAGACAGCAAUACUAAAAAUGAAAAUGCUUCUGAGGAUAAACUUUAUACUUACAUAUACCUUAUAUUUAUAAUGCAAUUUCAGAUUACAGAAGAAGAGUUGAAUACAUUAUUUCUUUGCAACAUUUCUACCCCACCUUUCUCCACCCCAAAGGAGACUCAUUUGGACAAAUGAUAAAUACUGUAAUGGCAGUCAAAGAAAUUGACUAAACAAGUUACAGAACAGAUCUCAAAAAGAAAGAUUAGCGCUUCCUCAUAGCAAAAAAUAUUAUAAAGCAAACAGACUGAGAUUGGUUAUACAAGGAAUGAUGAAAAGGAGGAUGUAGAAUAGUUAAUAAUGGAUUCAGGAAAAGUGGAAGAAGAAAUUCGGAAUAUGUUUUUAAAAUAGUUUAUGAGAAAAAAAAAUAAGGUAAACUGGGAACCCAAUGUUGAGUAAUGCAUUAGAAAUAUGGAACAAAUACAGGAGAAAGUUAAUAACAGAUGGCUCAAUAAUAACCCCAAUUAUAAUGGAAAAGACAUUUACAAAAAAUAAAAUGUAUAUAUGAUGGAUAAAAAAAUUAAGGGGAAAAACUUAGAUAAAAUAGGGGAUUGGCCAAAGGAUGGAAUGAAGAAAGAAAAGAUUAGGAACAUAAAAAUUUGAAAGGAAUAUCCAGUAAAAUUUCUAAAAUAUUAAUUGAAAAAAACAAAGGAAAAGUAAAGAAUAACACCUUCAAGAAGAUUUGGAAAGAAGAUAUAGGAAUGAAAAUCAAUGAAACAGAGGGGUUACAAUUAUGGGGACAAAGACACUUGAAAAAUAUAUCCAUAUGUGUUAAAGAAAAUUAUUAUUUAGUUGAUAUGGAAAUGGUACCUCACACCCAUAAGAAUAGGAAAUAUAAAUAAAAACUACUCAAACAAUUGCUGGAGAGGAUGCCAAGAAUCGGGAACAUACAUACAUAUGUGGUGGCUGUGUCAAUAUAUAAAUAAUUUCUGGGGAAAAGUAUUAAGAGAGAUAGACACAAUGAACAUUCAAAUAGAAAGAAGUCUUAGCAUGGCUUUAUUCUCAUUAUAUAAUAAUAAACAGUUGGAAAAAGAGGACAAAGAUGCGAUAACAAACGCAUUAACAAUUGCAAGACAGCUUAUAGCAAGGAAUUGGAAAAGGGAAAUAAAUAUAGAGAUAGAAGAAUGGUAUAAGGAAGUAUGGAAACUGGGAAGAAAUGAUAGGUUGACGUGGAGAGGGAUUUAGAAACAAAGUGGUUGUGAUGAUGUCUGGAGAAAAUGUAUUGGAAGAGGAUUCAAAAAGAAAGACAGAAUUACCUCCUCAAGAGGGAAUGAAAAGGAAUUUUGGACAGAUGAUAAAUAAAAAAAGUGACUUGGGGGAGGGUAAGAAAUCUGUAUAAGCGUGAAAAUAACAGUAGAUGCCAAAUGUUAAUGUAUUGUAGAUUGUACUGAAUAUUAUGUGGCUGCUGUAAAAGGAUGUACGAAUUUUUAAAAAUAAUAAUAAAUGUAUUUGUAAUUUGUAUAAA